GAGCGGCCGUGGCAGGAGCACGAACCGGAGCGCCGCCGCGCCGGCACCCGGAGAUGCCCUGCAUCCAGGCCCAGUGCAGCACCACGGGCGCCGGCCCCUGCGAGCGCUGCCCGGCCGAGCUGCUCAGCCCCGAGGGCGGCCGAUUCCCCAUGGAAGUGGCCGGAGCCGAUCUGGCGGCCGCCGCUCCAGCCCUGCCCAGCUUCAGCACCUUCAUGGACGGCUACGCCGGCGAGUUCGACGCCUUCCUCUACCAGCUGCCCGCCAGCGGCCAGCCCAGCGCCGCCACCGCCUUCAAGCUGGAGGAUUUCCAGGUGUACGGCUGCUACCCCAGCGCUUUUGGGGGGCAGCCGGACGAGACCCUGUCCUCCAGCGGCUCGGACUGCUACGGGAGCCCCUGCUCCAUCCCCUCGCCCGCCACGCCCGGCUUCCAGCCCCCGCAGGCCGCGGCAUGGGAGGGCUCCUUCGGGCCGUACUCGCCGCUGCCGAACUAUGAGGCUGGGCAGCCCUGGGCUGAGCCAGCCAAGAGUGGGGGGUCUCAGCCUCCUUUUUUCGCCUUCAGCCCCCCGGCCCCCAGCCCUGCUGGCUCCCCGGCGACCCUCAAGGGGCAGCUGGGCCCCUCGCCCCGUGUGGACCCGCGGCUGCUGGACACGGACGCGUUUCCCCCGAGCCAGGGGGGUCCCAGGGGGUUCGGGGGGCUGCCCUUGGCUCCCAGCUCGCCGCUGCUGGAGGGGCCCAGCAAGGUGCGCAGCCCCGGGGCGGGCGAGGGGCGCUGCGCCGUCUGCGGGGACAACGCGUCGUGCCAGCACUACGGCGUGCGCACCUGCGAGGGCUGCAAGGGAUUCUUCAAGCGCACAGUGCAGAAGAAUGCCAAGUACAUCUGCCUGGCCAACAAGGACUGCCCUGUGGACAAGCGGCGCAGGAACCGCUGCCAGUUCUGCCGCUUCCAGAAGUGCCUGGCCGUGGGCAUGGUCAAAGAAGUGGUCCGGACCGACAGCCUGAAGGGGAGGCGAGGCCGGCUCCCCUCCAAGCCCAAGCAGCCGCCGGAUGCGUCCCCGGUCAGCCUCAUCACCUCGCUGGUGCGGGCUCACAUCGACUCCAUCCCCAGUGCCACCAAGCUGGACUACUCCAAGUUCCAGGAGUCAGCCCCGUGCCCGUUUGAGAAGGAGGACUCCGUGGACGUGCAGCAGUUCUACGACCUCCUCACCGGCUCCAUGGACGUCAUCCGCAAGUGGGCCGAGAAGAUCCAGGGCUUCAGCGAGCUGCCCAAGGAGGACCAGGACCUCCUGCUGGAGUCAGCCUUCCUGGAGCUCUUCAUCCUUCGCCUGGCAUACCGCUCCAAGCCAGAGGAAGGCAAACUCAUCUUCUGCAACGGCGUGGUGCUGCACCGGCAGCAGUGCGUGCGUGGCUUCGGCGAGUGGAUCGACGCCAUCCUCGAGUUCUCCCAGAGCCUGCACCGCAUGAGCGUCGAUGUCCCCUCCUUCUCCUGCCUCGCCGCCCUCGUCAUCAUCACAGACCGGCACGGCUUGAAGGAGCCCAAGCGGGUGGAGGAGCUGCAGAACCGCAUCGUGGGCUGCCUCAAGGACCACGUGGCGGCAGCAGGGCCCGAGCCCGGCCGCUCCAGCUGCCUCUCCAAGCUGCUGGGCAAGCUGCCCGAGCUGCGCAGCCUCUGCACCCAGGGCCUCCAGCGCAUCUUCUACCUCAAGCUGGAGGAUCUGGUGCCGCCACCACCCAUCGUGGACAAGAUCUUCAUGGACACUCUGCCUUUCUGAGUCCCCGGCAAGGGGCUGCCAUGAGCCCCUGACCUGCCUGGGGACAUCUGGGACCCGCCCUGGGCAACCCUGGUUCAGUCCAAGGAUGCCUGGGAACCCUCUGGGCACCCCUGGGUCACCCCUGGGAUGCCUGGAACAUCCCCUGGGUACCCCUAGAUCAGCCCUGGGAUGUCUGGGACCCGCCCUGGGCAACCCUGGUUCAGUCCAAGGAUGCCUGGGAACCCUCUGGGCAUCCCUGGGAUGCCUGGAACAUCCCCUGGGUACCCCUAGAUCAGCCCUGGGAUGUUUGGGACCCUCCCUGGGUGACCCCCAGAAUGCCCAAAAACCACCUGGGGUAUCCCUGGAUCACUCCCAGGACACCUAGAACCUGCCCUGGUCAUUCCUGGAUCAGUUCUGGGAUGCCCAGGACACCCCUGUGGACUCCUGAACGACCUCUGGGACACCUGGGACCCCCCCAGGCCAUUCCCAAGACUCCAUGCAUACCCCUGGAUCACCCCCAGACCACCUGGAACCCCCUCCUGGGUCAUCCACAGGAUGUCUGGCACCCCCUGGGCACCCCAAAUCGCUCCUGGGAUGCCUGGGACCACCCCUGCAUCACUCCAGGGAUGCCUGGGAUCGCUCCCAGGAUAUCUGGAACAUCCCCUGGGUACCCCUAGAUCAGCCCUGGGAUGUUUGGGAUGCCCCCUGGGUGACCCUCAGAAUGCCCCAAAACCACCUGGGCAUCCCUGGAUCACUCCUAGGAUGCCUGGAGCCCCCUCCUGGGUUAUCCAUAGGAUGCCUGGGACCCCCUGGGCACCCCUAGAUCGCUCCUGGGAUGCCUGGGACCACCCCUGCAUCACUCCAGGGAUGCCCGGGAUCCCCUGGAUCACCCCCAGAACCCCUGGAACCCCCUCCUGGGUUAUCCAUAGGAUGCCUGGGACCCCCUGGGCACCCCUAGAUCGCUCCUGGGAUGCCUGGGACCACCCCUGCAUCACUCCAGGGAUGCCCGGGAUCACUCCCAGGAUAUCCGGGUCCCCCCUCAGAUGCCUGAGUCUUCUUGGGGGCACUUUUAGGGGUGCCCCACGUGCCUUCACGGCCCAGGGCGCUGCCUCCCAGCAGCCCCGGUGCCGUCUUCCCCGGGGGCAUCGCCGGCGCGGUGCCCUCCUCCCCUGUAAAAACGCCCCUGAUGUAAAUAGCUCCGGCCGGGUCCUGUACAGAGCGGGGGGCGUGAGCGAGGGGUGGCUCCGGCCCCCUCAACCCCCCUUUAUAUAUAUUUUUCUGAUUUUCCCUCUUUUUGGCCAUUUUCUGUA